AUGAGUCUUCCCUGCCUUUCUCUCAGUGAUGGGAAUUCCAUACCCAUGCUUGGAUUUGGCACCGGCACUGCUUGGUUCAAAGAAGAUCCCGGCGAACCAUUCAACUUAAAAUUAGUUGAGGUUCUGAAGACUGCAAUCCAGAGGGGGUUCCGCCAUAUUGAUUGUUCGGAUAUAUAUGGAACGGAGGAGGAAGUUGGCAUUGCCAUCAAAGAAUGCGGGGUCGCGCGUAAGGAGUUGUUUAUCACGACCAAGGUCUUAGAGGGGCUGUAUGGGAUUCCAACAGCCAUUGAAUCUAGCUUGUCAAAACUCCAGCUAGACUACGCUGAUUUGUAUCUUAUCCAUUCUCGUUCUAUUGCAAAAGACCUAUCCGACCUUGGCCAGGCCUGGCUAGCAAUGGAAAAGGUACAGGCCUUGGGUAAAGCAAAGCCGAUUGGGGUUGCCAAUCACCAACGCUCUCAUCUGGAGGAGAUUUUAAAAGUAGCUACAAUAACCCCGGCCAUCAACCCACUGGAAUUUCACCCCUAUCUCCAGCGAUCUCAUUAUGAGAACUACCUGUGUUGGAUGCGUGAGCAAGGAAUCGAAGUGGCUAGCUUUAAUGACCUAACACCGACAAGAAAAGCCAGGCCUGGUCCCCUUAAUCAACCACUAGCAGAGAUUGCGGCAAAAUAUGGUAUUACAGAGAACGCUAUCCUGAUAAAAUGGCAGAUUGAUCAAAAUGUUGUGCCAGUUACCACAACCUCUAAUACCAGUCGUCUUUCUGAGUAUCUGGCCGCUCUCGACUUGAUGUUGACUGUCGAAGAGAUGGAGGAAAUUGCUCAAAUUGGUCUUACUCAUCAUUUCCGCGCAUGGGCUCCAGAUCGGGUUGAUCCUGAUGACCGAUCCUGA